UAAACCUCAUCAUCGUCAUCAAUUCAUUAUCCCUUUUUUUUUUCCACAAGCUUUACCACUCAGCAAAGCACUAAUAUUGACUCUUGGCUUUAGUUUCCCCCUUUUUUCUAUUUUCUUUUUCUCUAUUUCCUUCUAAAUUCCGAAUCAUUCUUUAAUUCCAUAAAGGUAAAGAAAAAAAAUUGAAAAAAGAAAAAGAUUACCCGUUCCUUAAGGAAUUAAAAUCAAAGAAAAAAAACCACCUUUUUUCUGUACUAAACAGUUAAUGUCCAUAGUCAAAUAAUAGUAAUUUGUUUUGUUAUUUUCUAUGAAAGAGCAAUGGGAAAUAUUUCUGGGUUUGUCUUUUAUAGGUGUAUAUGUGUGUUUCUUUCUCUUUAUGGUGCAGGAUCUUCAAAAUCUGAGAGAAGAAAUUCAAUCUAAAAAAAGAAAAAGAACCCUAUAAGAUGAGGAUUAAUGGGAGUUGGAGUUGAUUUUUUAUUGAUUUUUUCAAGUGAUAUUGUUAUAUAGUAAAAAAAGAUGAAUUCACAAAGUCAAGUGGAGUCAACUCUCAAGGAAAUACUCGAAGUGGUCAAGCCGUUGCAUGAAGACUGGGUUACUCGGUUUAAGAUCAUCAAUGAACUGCGUGAAGUCGUUCAAUCUAUCGAAAAUUUAAGAGGUGCAACUGUGGAGCCAUUUGGAUCCUUUGUGUCUAAUCUCUUUUCACGGUGGGGAGACUUGGAUAUUUCUAUAGAGGUAUCUUUCGGUCAAUGUGUUUCAUCAGCUGGAAAGAAACGGAAACAGACUUUACUUGGAGAGUUACUACGAGCUUUAAGAAUACAAGGUGGAUGGUCGAGGUUAAAAUUUAUUCCCAGUGCAAGAGUUCCCAUUUUGAAAAUCGUAAGCAAAUGGCAAAACAUCUCUUGUGAUAUUUCAAUUGAUAAUAUCCAGGGCGAAAUUAAGUCCAAGUUCUUGUUUUGGCUCAAUGAGAUUGAUGGUCGAUUUCGUGACAUGGUUUUACUGGUGAAGGAAUGGGCAAAGGCUAAUGGUAUUAAUAACCCGAAAACCGGGACUUUCAACUCGUACUCUCUCAGUUUGCUAGUGAUUUUCCAUUUUCAGACAUGUGUACCUCCAAUUUUACCUCCUUUAAAAGAUAUAUACCCAACGAAUGUUGUCGAUGAUCUUACAGGUGCCAAAGUUGAUGCGGAGAGACGUAUUGCACAAGUAUGUUCGUCUAACAUUGCCAGGUUUAAAUCAAGCACAAGUAGAAUCGUAAAUCGAAGUUCUUUGUCCGAGCUGUUUAUUUCCUUCAUUGCAAAGUUUUCAGAGAUAAACUUGAAGGCCUCAGAGUUGGGAAUCUGCACAUUUACUGGACAAUGGGAGUAUAUAGCAAACAAUACGAGAUGGUUGCCCCGGACUUAUGCAAUAUUCAUUGAAGAUCCUUUCGAACAGCCUGAAAAUUCUGCUAGGGCAGUCGGUCAGAAACAACUGGUAAAGAUAGCUGAAGUAUUUGAGACGACUCGUUGUAUUCUAAUCUCAGCCAAUAUCACCCGAAAUACUCUCCUCCCCACAUUAGUUGGACCACAAAUAUCACGAUUCCUCAUCAAAAAACACCCAACCGUGUACCCAAACAGCAACUACAGGUACUACCGAAAUACUCCUCCGCAGGCACAUCGGGUUGUGCAAUCACCUGUGCAAACGCAGUACCAUCUGUGGCAGCCGCAGUACACGAACUCAAGGCCUUCAACCUCACAAAUGCAGCAUCAAGGUCCGAGAAUGGUGCCCUCAACACCGAAACCGCAGUCUCAAUUUGCGAGAAUGAGGGUGCCGAAUGGACCGCGCCUGCCAAACCAUCAAUUUCAGAAGCCGAACCCUUCGGUCCCACAAGAUCAGGUUCAAGUGCAAGUGCAACCACAGAUUCAGAGACCAAGGACAGAAGGUUAUAAUGUAAAGUUUGGGACUAGAGGGCCUCAUCAGGUGCAGCAUAAUCAAGGGCAAAUGUGGAGGCCAAAAUAUGAUAAAUAGAGAGAGCUUAUAAAAGAUCAUAUUUUCAAUUUACUAUGUAGUUAAUGUUUUUCAAAACUUACAAAACAGUGUUAUAUGUAUACACCUUGUGUUACAAAAGCAUAUUUUGAUUUUUGAGCGAGUGUAAGAAUAUUUUUGCAUUGAAGAAUGAAUAGUGAAAUGUUUUUGGUUAAAAGUA